CUGCUCACUAUGCUUAAUUUGCUCCCACUGUAACACACACAGACACAGAUUAACUACCUUGGGUUAGUUCUAAAUAUAUUGUAUUAUGUUCGACUCACCAACCGGACAUGAGUUAUGUCAAUGUUUAACAUCCUGUCCACGUGUCCGGGAAAACGAGUGGAGAGUUUAUUUUAUUUUGUGAAAUAAGCAAUGGAGGCUGAGGACCUUUACAUCAAACCAGGUAACCAGGAGCGGGGCUGGAAUGACCCUCCACAGUUUUCCUACUGUUUGCAGACAGCAGCACAAGGUGCACCCAAGAGGACCCCUCUCAACAAGAGAGUGCCCCCACCUCAACUCACUGGAUCCCCCAGUCCGGUUCCAGGAACUUCUCCAACCUCAACAGUUCCAAUGACUCCUCCUACCAACCCACUGGCCCCUCCUCCAUGUAGUAUGAACACGCCCCCUCGGCCAUGUCAGGUUGCAGCCCCUCCUGUUGGUGGGGUGAUGAUGAUGGCCACAUCUCCACCACCUUGCCAUGUGGUAGCGCGCACAGUGUCUGCCAGUGACCAAUCAGAAAGUGAGCCAGAUGUCGACGACAUAGUUACUCUUCUCAACUGGGCCCUGACAGCUUGUCGACACACAGUCAAAAAACAGGUGUGUGAUGAUGUGGCAAAGCGCUUGAAGCUCUUUGAGGAUAUGUGGAGGUCUGGGAAGUUGUCACUUCCUGUUAGACGAAGAAUGAAUGGACUGGUGCAAGAGUUGAAGAGCUGGAACUGGGACGGUGCUGAUGAAGUCCAUCGGGCUCUGAUGGUUGACCACGUUAACGAGGUCAGUCAGUGGAUGGUGGGGGUCAAACGUCUCAUCGCUGAAACGCGCAACUUGAACUCAGAUCUUCUGCACAGACUGGAGGUAGACCGGAGUCUAGACACGAGCAGCACCGUUAACUCCAACUAGAUCAAUAAUUACACUUGUGGAACUUUUUUAUUAGGUUGUGGCAUCCUGAAGCCUCUCGGUCGUCCUUGUGAAAGCCGUUGAAAUUCUUAACUUUUAGUCUAACUCUGUCUUUUGAUUUUGCAAAUAUUUUGACAUGGGUUUCCUGUAGUUAUGCAAUACACAUAUAUAUAUAUAUAUAU